GGCAAUAACUUACCGAAACUUGAACAUUAAUAAUGGCGGUUGAGCUCCAGUAUUGCUUGACUGUGCCACCAGGAGAUCCCCAGCAGAGGCCAGUCCGUUUCAUUGGAAAGUUGAGAUGCUUGAAAGAUUUAAAGUGGCUGCAAAUUUCGGAUUAUUUGUCUCCAAGAGUAGAUCAGCAGACUUGGUUCGCUGCUUUAGAAUCUGUUGAAAAGAACACCACAGUCUCCCUUUGGCUUUCUAAUGCUAUAGUUUCGGCUCUCCCAUUCAAAGUCAGCCGUCACAACUCUCCAGGCAGGCCCCAUGCUCUGAGCAGGACUGUCAAUACAUUAAAAUUGCAUGAUCAUCCAGAAUAUGCUUUUAUCAUUGCAUGCGAGAGGAGUGAAGCAUACUCCCUUGGUUGUGCUGUUGCAAGAUGUUAUCCUCGUUACAAUAAGUCCACUACUGGCUCUGUCAAGAACAUUAACGUACAAGUUGGUUUUAUUUUUGUCGGUGAUGACACACGCCCACUCACUGAUCAAGAGAGGCAAGCUUUAUCUGAGACUGGCGAAGGUAUUAGACUGACUCAGUACAUUGUUGAUGCUCCAUGUAGCGAGAUGCACACUGAUGGCUUCCUUGAGCAAAUCAAAGAAGUUGGAGCAAAGUUAGGCUUGACGCCAUUUGUGAUAAGAGGAGAGAAUUUAAGAGAAAAAGGAUUUGGAGGUAUUUAUGGUGUUGGACAAGGUGCGUCACGUCCACCUGCUCUUGCUGUUUUGAGUCAUUGUCCUCCAGGAGCAACAAAGACCAUAGCUUGGGUCGGGAAAGGGAUCGUCUUUGAUACUGGUGGAACUUGUCUUAAAACCAGACUCUCAAUGCUAGGAAUGAAGAGGGAUUGUGGUGGAGCAGCAGCCAUUUUAGGAGGAUUCUAUGCUGCCGUUAAACUUGGGUUUUCAGAGAAUCUUCAUGCUGUCUUUUGCCUUGCUGAGAACUCUAUAGGACCAUUAGCGACACGACCUGAUGAUGUACAUACACUGUACUCUGGUAAAACAGUUGAGAUCAAUAAUACUGAUGCUGAGGGCAGGCUUGUAUUGGGAGAUGGUGUGGUGUAUGCUAGUAAAGAUCUUAAGGCCGACAUUGUUGUUGACAUGGCCACGCUUACUGGAGCUCAGGGCAUAGCUACUGGUAAGUAUCAUGGUGCCAUAUUGAGUAAUGAUGAAGGCAUUGAGGGUCACUGCUCCAUUGCUGGAAGGGCUUCCGGAGAUCUUGCCUUUCCAGUCCCUUUCUCUCCUGAGCUUCAUUUUAGUGAAUUCAAUAGCGUAUUGGCAGACAUGAAGAAUUCAGUUCAGGAUCGCAGUAAUGCGCAAGUAUCUUGUGCUGGCUUGUUCAUAUUCUCUCAUUUGGGAUUUGACUUUCCCGGAACAUGGCUCCACAUUGACAUGGCAGCUCCUGUCUCCUCUGGUGAAAGGGCUACUGGAUAUGGAGUUGCUUUAUUAGCUACACUCUUUGGUUCAUUGUCUAGCAAUCCACUACUGAAGAGUAUUGCUCCAGCUAUUAGCAUGUCAUCUAAAGCUGUGGAUGAACACACUGUGACAAAGAAGAGGAAAAUAGAGACCUAGUUAUCUCCUGCCUCCCUUCACUCUUUGCAAAAACUGAUGAUUAUUUUUUUAGGCAAUUGCUGAUAAGAUGUUAAUAAUAGAAAUUGUUUUAAAA